AUGAUGGAUAGCCGUGAGAGAGAAGCGGGAGGCUUCACAGGCGUGGAUGCCACGUCUUCCGCGCCUCGCGGCGAAUCUCACGGCGCGUCUCACGGCGGGUCUCGCGGCAGCGAUUCGAAGAAAUCGAGGAGCGAGUCCAGUGGCGGCAAGGGGCGGAAGGUUCAGAAGCACAAGAAGCAGCGCGAUGUUCUGAAAGACGCCCAAGAAGCACAGGAGCGACUCAGGCGACUCGCGGCGUCUGGCGGGGGAUCUCUGGCCGCCACUGGAUGGGGCGACGAGGGGGUUGAUGGCGCAGCCGGAGGGCAGGGGGACUUGCAAGGGGGAAUGCAGGGGGAAGGGCAGGGAUUGGCUGUGAGUGAGUUUGUUCCUGUAACGAGUUUUGGUGCUGUAACGGGGAGGGGAGGGUUGGGAAGGGAGGGUGGAAUGGUUGGGGUGGAUGCUGGUUGGGGUUGUCAGGCGGGUGAGUCGUCUGGUGGACCAGGGUUCGGAGCGGUGGAGAUGGGUGCGGAAGUGUACGGAGAGCAGGAAAGUGGUCAGUUUGAGGGUUACGGUGCUAGGCAGGGGGGGGAGGCUCAGAGGCUGUUUUGGGAAAAAGCGCAGGGAUACUUUGGGGGGGGGGAGCAGGGGCAGACUUGGGGGGAGGCGCAGGGGCAUGGGGGGGCAGGGGAAGAGCGCGACUGGGGCAGUCAAGGGGAAAGUAACUGGGGGAGGGGGGGGGAUGGCUAUCCGGGCGGAGAGGAAGGGUCUGCUUGGGGCGGAAGUGUGGAAGGUCGCAACUGGGGCGGGGGGGAGGGGGAAGCGGAAGGGAGUGGGCGGAGAGGGGGAUGGGGAGGGGGAUGGGAAAAGGGAUGGGGCAGAGGCAAGGGGUGGCGGAGAGGAGGACGGGGAAGGUGGGGAAACGGUUGGGGGAGGGGACGGGGGCAAGAGGGGGAGUAUGGGGGAGGAGGGGGUUAUGGGGUAGGAGAGUACGGGGGAGGAGGAGGGUACGGGGGAGGAGGAGGGUACGGGGGAGGAGGAGGGUACGGGGGAGGAGGAGGGUACGGGGGAGGAGGGGGGUAUGGUGGGGGAGGGGGGUACGGUGGGGGAGGGGGGUAUGGUGGGGGAGGGGGGUAUGGUGGGGGAGGGGGGUAUGAGAGGGGAAGAGGGUAUGGGGGUGGGAGGAGGUAUGGAGGCGGGGGGCGGUAUGGGGGCGGAGGGGGUUUUGAGGGCGAAGGGGAGUAUGGGGGCGGAGGGGGGUAUGGGGGAGAAGAAUAUGAGGAAGGGGGAUUCACUACGGAGAGUGGGGAGCAGCAGGGGUGGCAGGGGCAAGGGGGGACAAUGCAAGAGGAAGUGCAGGGGCAAUACAAUAGGCGGUGGGAAGGGCAGGGGCAAUACAAUAGGCGGUGGGAAGGGCAGGGGCAAUACAAUAGGCGGUGGGAAGUGCAGGACGGGGGAGCAGAGAACUGGGGAGGAGCACGAGAUAUGGGAGGAAGGAGGGGAUGGGUAGAAGGGCAGCAGCAGCAGCAAUAUUGGGGGGGACAGAGACAAGGGAACGACUGGGGGGAGGGGCAGCAGUGGGGGAGGGGGGAGAAGGGAAAGUUUGAGAGUGGGGGAGAGAAACAGGGAUGGGGAGGUGAGGAGCAGAGGGGAGGGUGUGAUGAGGAGGCAUGGGAGGUGCAGGGGGAGAGUGGGGGGGAGUGGCAGUGGCAGAAACAGCAGAGUGAUUCUUCCACGCCUUAUGCCGAGCCUGACGCCUCUGGUUCGGGCCGCUACGAGCCUGGCACGUUUGGUUCGGAUCGUUCCGAGCCUGCCCUGGGCAGUGGUCCAGCUGGCGCCAGCUGUCGCGACAGCGUUGGUGCCCUUUCUACCACGGCGGCAGCAGAGGAAGCAGCUGGGAAGGUGUAUGAGCCGCCAAUGCAGCGGGACAGUAGGGAGAGAGAGAAGGAGAAGGAGAGGGAGGAGCGAGAGAGGAGGCAGUGGGAGAGGGAUGAGAGGGAGAGGCAGAGAGAGCAGGAAGAGAAGGAUGGGAGGCAGAGAGAGCAGGAAGAGAAGGAUGGGAGGCAGAGAGAGCAGGAAGAGAAGGAUGGGAGGCAGAGAGAGCAGGAAGAGAAGGAUGGGAGGCAGAGAGAGCAGGAAGAGAAGGAUGGGAGGCAGAGAGAGCAGGAAGAGAAGGAUGGGAGGCAGAGGCAGAAAGAAUUGGAGGAGAGGGCCGAAGGGGAGAACCGGGAAAAGGAGAGUGAGGAAGGGAGCACUGGCAGUGGUGGUGGGUGGAGUGAGGGUGGUGAAGCAUGGGGAGGAGGGGGACUGUUUGAUUCAGGAGCAAUACCUUGCUCAUCACCACAGCAAUACCUUGCAGCAACAGCAUCACUAACCUUCUCUGCCACGCCACCGCCUUACCUCCCCUCAUCCGCGUCCCCUCACCUGCCCCAGCUGCCCCAGCAGCAGCAGCAGCAGCUGCGUGUGUGUGCCUUGAAGCCUGCGCGCAAGGCGCAGCGCACAGAGGAGUGUUUGAAGACGUGUUUUGAGACGUCUCAAAACACUCCUUCGCGCAAGGCGCAGCGCACAGAGGAGUGGGUGCGAGAGGCUGCUGCUGCUGCUGCUGCAGGUGGUGAUGGUGCUGGGGGCUUGGGCGGGAGCGAGUGUGGAGACGCAGAGGGAGUGACAGAUGGAGGCAGAAAGCAAGGCCUGCGUGGCACAGAGGAGGGAGAGGAGGAGGGAGGAGUGGAACGAUGGGAGAAGAGGGAAGAAGAGGGUGCGGAGGAGGGAGAGGGGGAGAGAGAGGAAGAGGCAGGGGAAGAGAGACAGGAGGCGGGAGUAGAGGAGGGAGGAGAUGAGGGAGGAGAGGAGGGAGGAGAGGUGGGAGGGGAGGAGGGAGGGGAGGAGGGAGGGCAGGAGGGAGGGGAGGAGGGGUUGGGCAGUGGCACAUACGCUGACCUGCCAUCAAACACGUGUUCUUUCUCGGAUGGCGGCGAGGGCUUUGACUCGGAUGUGGACAGUGAGGAGGAGAUGGAGUCCUUGUUUCUUGACAGCACACUGGCGGAUGACUGGCCGCUCUAUGGCGUGGGCAUGCAGGGCAUGGCGAGCAUGGUCGGCCGUGCAGCAGCAGCAGGGGGAGGAGGAGGGACAUCCGCUCAGCUACCCGAGCCCGUUCGCCGAUUCCUUCAGGACUUUGACAACCUCUCGCCUUCUGAUUGGCGCAACAGCAGCAGCAACUACCGGCGCAAAGGCUGGCAGAAGCACCAGCACAGUUUGAGGCAGUUCAAGUGCCCGGUGUGUGUGGGCGGCAAGGGCGAGACGGAGUGGUGGGACGGCGUGCGGGCGCUACUGCAGCACUCGCUGAGCAUCCGGAGUCGGAGGAUGAAGGAGCACCGCGCGUUUGCUGCCGCUCUCGGGGAGAGGAUGAAGGACAAGGGCGCGGGGCUGGUGCUGCUUGGCGGGGGAGCGGUUGGAGGGGAUGCGGGGGGUGGAAGGGGGGGGGGAGAAAGGGGGAGGGGAGUGGGGAGUGGAGGGGAGGGGUGGAGUGGGGAGGGAGGAGGGAUGAGGAGAUGUGCAGUCGCAACAGUUGUCGCACCAGCAGCAUCACCAUCACCACCACUGCAAGCGUCAUCAGGGGGAGCAGCAUCGGUGCUUCUGGGGAGUCCCCCGGUGAAUCAGUGGCGGGGGUUGGGGGGCGCUAGGGCCAAGGGGGGGAAGAGGGGCAACGAAAAUGUGGUGUGGCCGCCCGUGGUGGUGGUGCGCAACACACACCUUUGCCCGGACGAGGAUGGCAUGUGGUUGGGCAUGGGCAGUUUGGAGCUCCGCCAACAGUUUCCGGACUGCAACCUGAUCACCAAGGCCAAGAACGCCUAUGGGCCGCAGGGCCAUCGCGGCAUGAGUGUGCUGGUCUUUGAAGCGUCAGUGGAUGGGCUGCUGCAGGCUGAGCAGCUGUGUGAGCUCUUUCAGGCGGACGGCAGGGGGCGGCAGGGCUGGAUUCGCCGGACAGCAACGUCGCUAGUGGACAAAAGCGGCAAGCGGAACCUGUUUGCUUACAUGGCACAGGAGGGUGACGUCGCAGAGUUUAAUAGGCACACCAAAGGGAAGACGCAGCUGAGAGUGGAUGUGAAGAAGCGGUAUGCAGUGGUGGAUGAGCGGUUGAGAGCGGUGCGAGAACGGGCUGCUCAAGCGCCCAAUGUGGAGGCCACUGUUGCCAUGAUGUCUCAUCGAAUCGUGUCGGGACAAGUGGCAGCGUCUCAGCUCCAGGCGGAGCUAGCGCAGGCCAAGGAAGCCAACAGGAAGCUUCUGGCAAUGCUGGAGGGUGCCUGGCCAAAGUACCCUCCGCAGCAGUGGGCAGCUGGUAAAGCAGCCCCGGUCCAGCAGCUGCGGAGUAAAUCCCAAGUAACAAUGCAGGAUGGAUGGGGGAACCAAGUAGCUGUAGCGGAUGAAGAGUGUGCAGCUGCUGCAGCUGUAGCAGUGCAGGAUGGGUGGGGAUGCCAAGCAGCUGUAGCAGUGCAGGAUGGGUGGGGAUGCCAAGCAGCUGUAGCAGUGCAGGAUGGGUGGGGAUGCCAAGCAGCUGUAGUGGGCAAAGAUUGUGCUACAGGACAGCAACACACAGAGGAGCAGCAGCGUGAGAGGGAGCAGAAGCAUGCGGAGGAGCAGCAGCAGCCUGGGAAGGAGACGGAGGAGCAGCAGCAGCCUGGGAAGGAGACGGAGGAGCAGCAGCAGCCUGGGAAGGAGACGGAGGAGCAGCAGCAGCCUGGGAAGGAGACGGAGGAGCAGCAGCAGCCUGGGAAGGAGACGGAGGAGCAGCAGCAGCCUGGGAAGGAGACGGAGGAGCAGCAGCAGCCUGGGAAGGAGACGGAGGAGCAGCAGCAGCCUGGGAAGGAGACGGAGGAGCAGCAGCAGCCUGGGAAGGAGACGGAGGAGGCUAAGAGUGAGCUUCAGAUGGAGGGGAGAUCGCCAGAAAACGACGAGCAGGGCGUGAGAACGUCUCUAGUGGAGGCUGCAUGUGGGGUGGGCGCGAGUGAGCAAGCUUCUGAGUCAACUUGGAAGGAGCAGGGUGUGCGGGCGCGUCUGGUGGAAGUGGCAUCUGCGGUGGGCGCGAGUGAGCAGGAGGUGCUGUCGCUGUGGCAGACGGCAGUGGAGGCAGAGCAGAGGCACUGGAAUGAGCUGGACGGCCUGGAGGCGGCAUAUGACGUGCAGCAGCAGCAGGUGGAGGGGCGGCUGCAGGGAGAGGAGGGAGGAGAUACGACCAGGGGAGCAAAGGCAGAGAGAGACGACGCUGCUGGUCUUUGGACUGGAAUCAAGCAUCUAGAGGGAAGCUGCCAGGAAGCAGUGGCGUACAGCCGGGAGGUGCAGAGGCUGCAGCAGGAGCACCAGAGCGCCAAGGCAGAGGCCUUCAGGCGCCACAGGGAGGAGGCUCUCGCUCUCGACCGAGCCUUCGAGGCUCGGUGGGCCCAGCUGCUGGCUCGGCAGGAGGCUCGGGUUGGGAUGCCCGAGGCUGAGACAGGGCGUCGCGAGGGGUGGCUUGAUGAAGGCGAAGGUGGGGGAGAAGGGGAGGAGACGGUGUGCGUUGGAGAGGAAAGGUAA